AUGUCCAGAUCUGAAAUUUCUGUACCUCUGAAGAUCGAAGACCAGGAUUGUCUGAUGCAGUUAGACACUGGGUGUGCGUUAUCCCUUGCCCCGAUUACUUUCGUGAAACAAGUUUGCCCAGACGUUGAAAUGAAAUCUACAAAUGUUGUGCUGUCGACAUAUACAGGUGAGAUUGUGCGUCCCUUAGGAGAAGCACAUGUGAAGGUUGAGUACAUGGGAUCACAACACGCACUGCUUUUGUUAAUUGUACAGGAAGGGACUGGUGCUUUAUUUGGUCGAAACUGGCUUACAGAUGUCAAGCUGGAUUGGAAGAAUUUGCCAGGUUUGAAUCACGUU